AUGACAGUGAAUGUCGAGUUCAGCGGGACGGCCGUGGGUCGGUCCGUCACGAGCACGUACUCAGCACAUCCGGCGCGCGAGAACAGCAUCAGCAUCCUCGCAAUGCAAGGCGCGCUCACGCAGCCCGUUUCGGCGCAGAACGCGUCGAGGAGCCUCAUGGACAUCUUUGCUGGGGCGCCGCGCACGGAGGAGGGCGUCGACCCGUGGAUCGUUGUCUCCCGUCCGCAGCGUGGGGCCACGGUUCCCGGUAUCGACGGGGCCAAUGGGGGUGCGACCAUCGGUCGCGCGGGGCUACGUCGCAUGAGUAGUCAGCUGUCGCGCACGGUUGAUGCCGUCAUCGAUUCGCCGCCGCGAAGGGGUGAGCACGGAGAGGAGGAGGAUGUCGUCGGCACCUUGCUCGAACGCACGCUCUCGCGCCGGGGACUAUCUGACUCGUCGAUCCACACGACAUUCUUGAGCCACGGGGAGGAGCAUGGGCAGCGGCCUGCUGCUGUGCAGGAGGAGCCUACCAGCCGACACGAUCGUGACUCGGUGUUGCAGGCGUUGAGCAGGAAGAUGCAGAGCUUCCGCUUCGCGGGAUCUGUCCCGAAUACUGCGUCCAAUGCUGAUGCUGGCUCGUCAAUAUCGAGACCUAGCACACCUUCGUCUCCGUCAGUAACGGCUGGUGCGGGAGACGGAAGACAGACGCCGACGGGCGUGAGGCCGGUGCCGUCGCAAGCGCGGGCGGUGUCGCCUGCGUCGCGAUUGUUCUCUCCUGUGAAUCUUUCUUCAUGGGCGGCGGCUGCUCUGGAUCCCAAGCAAGAAUUCUUGUCUGCAAGUCCGCGUGAGGACGCCUUUAUGCAUCGUGCUUGGACUCGAGAGACAGAGAUGUGA